GUAGUGUAAUUUUAGGCCAGAAAAACUGAAAAAGCAAGAAAGAAAGAGCAAGAGAAUCAGAGAUAGUCAUGGGAGACGAAAGGGUGAAAGCAGAAGCUUUGCAAGUGUUGGGUUUGUUCCAGGUUCUUCCCAAAUUGGUUGUCUUUGAUCUCGAUUAUACUAUUUGGCCUUUCUACUGUGAAUGCCGCUCCAAGCGAGAAAUGCCAUCAUUGUAUCCUCAUGUAAAAGGCAUAUUGUAUGCACUGAAGGACAAGGGUAUUGAUAUUGCUAUUGCUUCUAGAUCACCAACACCAGACAUAGCCAAGACAUUUCUUGACAAAUUAGGCAUUCAAUCAAUGUUUGUUGCUCAGGAAAUAUUUUCGAGCUAUACACACAAAACAGAACACUUUCAGAGAAUCCACCGAAGGACAAGGAUUCCUUACACUGACAUGCUUUUCUUUGAUGAUGAAGAUAGGAAUAUUAAAUCGGUUAAUAAUAUGGGUGCAACAAGCAUUCUGGUUGAGAAUGGGGUUAAUCAGCAAGCAUUUCGGAAAGGCUUGAUAGAGUUUUCUCAAAAACCCAAGGCAUCUGAUAAAACAGGGUCAUCCCAAAAGAAUGAGCGUAAGUAAUGUUACCGUUUAUGAGCAAGCUAAAUUAAAUCCCCAGAUUUGAUUAGAAGGGGAUGGGAAAUCCCCGAGUCAGGGCUGUCAUUCUGCAUCAGCUUACAGCAUUGGCGAUUUUUGAUCUGUGACUUGAUAUUGCUGUAUAGUUUUUGCAUUAAAGGAUCUGAAUUACUAUAUUAUUGUUCCAACAUAAGAAUGUCAGUAUACCAUAUGUUACAAUUCGGCAACUUGUUACAGAACUAAAGAACUGAAAGAAUAACAUAAAUAUUCAUGUUACAAUCUGCUA